AAAGGCGUCGCGCGGGUUCCGCCUCGGCUCGUCAUUCAGCCGGCCCGGGCCUGCCUCUGCCCCGCGCACGCCGCUCCCCCUCCCCUCCCCUCGCGCCCGUCGGUUCGUCAGUUGGACGCUUUCUGUGUGGGGGCGCGCGCACGCGCAAGGGCGCCGGCUCAGGCCUUGCCCUCCCUGGCGCCUCGAGCGGGACGGUCCCGGCUCUCCCUCCCCGCUUGAGGCUCCUCCGCGCUUCCCUUCCUCCGGGUCGGCGAGAGCGGGCCGGGGCCCGGCUGCCCAGCGGAGGGGGCCAUGGCGGCGAGCGCCAAGCGGAAGCAGGAGGAGAAGCACCUGAAGUUGCUGAGGGAGAUGAGCAGCCUCCUGCCCAACCGCAAGUGCUUCGACUGCGACCAGCGCGGCCCCACCUACACCGACAUGACGGUGGGCAGCUUCGUGUGUACCUCCUGCUCCGGCAUCCUGCGAGGUUUAAAUCCACCUCACAGGGUAAAGUCCAUUUCCAUGACUACUUUCACACAACAUGAAAUAGAAUAUCUGCAGAAGCAUGGGAAUGAAGUGUGUAAACAGAUUUGGCUAGGAUUAUUUGAUGAUAGAUCAUCAGCAAUUCCAGACUUCAGGGAUCCACAAAAGGUCAAGGAAUUUCUGCAAGAAAAAUAUGAAAAGAAAAGAUGGUAUGUUCCACCAGAACAAGCAAAAGUUGUGGCAUCAGUUCAUGCAUCUAUAUCUGGCUCUUCCGCUAGCAGUACAAGCAGUACACCUGAAGUCAAGCCACUUAAAACUCUUCUGGGAGAAUCUGCACCAGCAUUGCACAUAAAUAAGGGCACGCCUACUCAAUCUCCUGUUGUAGCUCGUUCUCAAGAAAAGUUACAAGAAAAGAAGCAGUUUGAUCUUCUCAGUGACCUUGGUUCAGAUAUAUUUGCUGCUCCUGCUCCUCAGUCAACAGCUACAGCAAAUUUUGCUAAUUUUGCACACUUCAACAGUCAUACAGCACAGAACUCUGCAAAUGCAGGGUUUGCAAACUUUGAUGCAUUUGGACAGUCUAGUGGUUCGAGUAAUUUUGGUGGUUUCCCCACAGCAAGUCAAUCUGCUUUUCAACACCAAAAUACAGCGUUCAGAACGCUUUCAUCUAGCUGCAGUUUUGGUGAAUUUACUACUUCCACUUUCCCUCUCCAGGCUAUUCACAGUGGCAGUGCUGGAUCAGUGAAUGCUAAUUUUGCACACUUUGAUAACUUCCCCAAAUCCUCCAGUGCUGAUUUUGGAGCCUUCAGUACUUCUCAGAGCAACACAACUGCAUCCAGUAAAGCUCUAGUGAAUAAACCGAAUCUCCACUCAGCAGAUAAAUAUGCAGCUCUUGCUAAUUUAGAUAAUAUCUUCAGUACAGGGCAAGGUGGUAGCGAGCAAGGAGGUGGUUUCGGUGCUGUCAGUACAGCAUCAGCAGGUCCUGCUGUGUCAGCCCCAAGUCAGCCAAGUGCAUCUUCAGACAAGUAUGCAGCUCUAGCAGAAUUAGACAGUGUGUUCAGCUCCACAGCAACCUCUAGUAAUGCAUAUACUUCCACCAGUAAUGUUAGCAGUAAUGCUUUUGGAACAGUACCAGGAGGUAAUACACAGACACAGCCGGCAUCGUCAAGUGUACCUGCCCCAUUUGGAGCAACACCUUCUACAAAUCCAUUUGUAGCUGCCCCUGUAGCCUCUGUAGCACCUUCAACGAACCCAUUCCAAACCAGUAACAGAACAGCAACAGCAGCAACAUUUGGCACAGCAUCCAUGAGCAUGCCUGCAGGCUUUGGAACACCUGCUUCAUUCAGUCUUCCAACUAGCUUUAGUGGUAACUUCCAACAACCUGCAUUCCCAGCCCAGGCAGCCUUUCCUCAGGCUGCUUUCGCCCAGCAACCUAAUGGUGCAGGCUUCGCUGCAUUCGGACAAGCAAAACCAGUAGUAACACCAUUUGGGCAAGUCACAGCUGUUGGGGUAUCUAGUAAUCCUUUUAUGGCAGGUGCACCAGCAGGACAGUUUCCAACAGGAAGCUCAUCAACCAAUCCUUUCUUAUAGCCUUAUAGACACUUUACCUAAAAGAACUCUUAUGUGAACACAUAACAUCUCUGCGCCUCUUGCACUGUUGUCUUGUUUCACUGAUUUAGCUUUAAACACAAGAGAAGUCUUUAAAAGUAAAAAGCCUGCAUUGUGUGUUACAACCAAGAAACCACCAGGUAAUGUGCAAAACAGAGGGCUGUGAUAACAUCCGUUACCUGUGCGUUGGCAGGAGAAUGUUAAUGGUAUCAUGUAUAUUAAAAUUGGCUAAUAAGUUAUUGCAGAUACCACGUUCAUUAUGCUGCAGUACUGUACAUAUUUUUUCUUAGGAAUUAGUUAUUUGUGCAUAUCAGUAUUUGUAACUUUUAACACAUUGUUAUGUGAAAAAUGUUACUGGGGGAAAGAUCAGCCACUUUAAGGUGCUGUGGUAUCUCUUGGAAUGAAUGACUGUCAUCAUUUUAACCAUUGCCGUUGGGAGUUACGAGUUCAAAAUUGAAGGUUUUAUGCAUUUCUCAAGUGUUUUUCCUUUCCUAAAGAGCUCUUCUAUUUAUACAUACCUAAAUUCUCUAUAAAUGUAGAGGAAUCCCUGUCUGCAUAAUAAAUCUGAUCAUGUUUUGCUACAGUUUGCAGGUGGAAAAAUAUAAAUCUUAGAAAAGUAUGUUUGUCUUUGACCAUUUGCAUUAGCCUAUUCUGUUAAAUCCUCAGGCACAUUCCUAGAACAAAGGUUAUAUUUUCAUUUGCUCAAAUGACUACUUAACACUAAAUCUUAUAAACUAGGUACUAGGAACUACUCCUACUGCUCAGUUAGUUUUCAAAAUAUUGCUGAAGAUUGAAACUGAUAGUCUAAACUUAAACACUAUUGGAUUAGCACGUGUAGUAUAGCCAGUUAGGCAUUUAGUUUCUAAAACACAGUUAAGUUGAGGUCUGGGAUCUGAAUUUGCCAGCACAUUUCACGUGGAUGCAAAAUAGAUAGAGCCAGAGUGAAAAAAGGCCUGAACAGCUUGCAACUGUAUCCUCUAUUCAGUGAUAAGUAAAAUGUUAAAAUCAGGAGUUUUCCAUCUCUCUGCACUACAAGCACUGCUCUAUAUGUGACAUUUUAAAAAAUUAUUCUUGAAGAAUCCACCUCUGGUUUAAAAUUGUCUUAUUUCUUGGUCCCUUUCUUGUAAAAUUAUUUUGAAAUAUAAAUGUAGAGAUCUGAAGUGAUGAGGGCAAAUGCUGUAUCCUACUGCUUUACAGGGAUGAUAUUGAAAGUUUGUGGCUACUUGAAUCAUACAGGAAAACGAGAGGAAUUAUUUGUUCAAUGUGAAAUAUUUGGCAGGAUGCUUCAUUAAAGGACAGAGGCUUUGCUGAACAUGUGUCUACUAGCUGAAUGGAUAUUUUAUAUUCAACAACCAACACAAAUAAAAGCAAUUUGUUUUCUAUUUGAAGUAACUUUUGUUGAUAUACAGUAGUAGUGUAGUGGUUAGGAUGUCUGACUAGGAUCUGGGGGAGAGAGGUUCCAGUCUCCACUCUGCCAUGGAAGCCUGCUUAGAUAACCUUGGGCCAGUCAUACACUGCCAUCCUAAUCUACUUCACAAGGGUUUUGUGAGAAUAAAGUGGGGGAGAGAAUGUGAGCUUCUUUGGGCCCCCAUGGAGACAGACAAGGUAUAAAUGGACGUAAAUAAAUAAUUGGGGCUUCCUGUCUGAUCACACACUCCUCAGGGGGGCAGGACGCUAACUGAUGACAUGGUUUAUUUAAUAUGCACUUCUUCCAGAACAAGCAGAAACAUUUUUCAAUGAUUAGCUAAACAGUGACAAUGUAUAAUUUUGGGCCUGCCUAAAGGAAUUACAGUGUACAGUACCCUGUUUUCUUGAGUUGCCUUAACACUGAACCCUUUUCUGAAGAUGAGAUUGUAUUAAGGAAAAAUCUACCUGAUUUUUAAAACUUAGGCCAAGCUUCCUUCAUGCUGUUUCCAGUAAGCUUUUUAUGAGCUUCAAAAAGUGUAUUGUAGUUAUAUUACCUGCUCUGAAAUCUGAUGUACGAAUUCAGGAAAUUGAGAGUUAAAACUAGCACAUGCCCAAAUCAACAGGCUUUUGUUUGUUAAAAAGGGCCACUGCGAUAUAAUCAUCUAAGAAAUCUGAAAGAUCCGGAUGCAAAGCCCCCCCCCCUCUGCACACAGCCUGUUACUAUCUCAGCCUAAUCUGCCUCAUAAGGUUGAUAGAGUAAGGGGGGGUAGCUUUGAGCUCCUUGAAGGAAGGGUGGUAUUUAAAAAAUGAAUAGAUGACCCCCACAUUUAAACUCACAGAAUUGCAACCAAGUACUCCAGUGCUGGGAAGCUUUCAUGUGUUCCCCUGUACUGUUGCUAGUGCUGCGUAUGUGGUAUUGUCUAGCCCUUCAGUGUUCAGAUCGAUAAUGAAAAAGCAAAUGAGGAGCUAACCUUUACUGGGUCAACUAAUGUUCAAAAUGCUAGAUGCCCAAGCUCACAUUACACAUCCCAGGUUCAAAUAUUCAUAACAUAAACUUUUGAAAUGAUGAUACAGAUGGUUGGUGAUGGCAUGGUAAAAAUACAUGCUUUUAAGCAAAGUGCACAAACAAGGGGUGAUUUGAUACCAUACCACAGACUUAUCAUCUGCUAGAUCUAUUCAGUCUUAGUCCGAGAAAAUGGUUGGGGUGAUGUAGUAGUCAGGCUUCAGUAAUGGCACCAAAGGAUUCUGCACUAGCACAAUUGGCUUCACUGAGAUGACUUCUUCCCUGCUUACGUUCUGAUAUAUAUGAGCAAAAAUAGCUGGGAAAUGGCUGUAGACACCUUUUUGAUACAGGAAUAGUAUUAUGAACUGUCCAUCUCAGGUAGCAUAGUUUGGGAAAUACAUCUGCUUUAAACCUUGGAACCCCCUACCAGACAGACUAAACAAUAGUGGGAUAAACCAAGUUGGACUCAGUGUUAAUGCAAUUUAAAUAUUUAGUAAAGCAGUUUCAUAUAUUUGUAGCCUGUAUCUGACCAUUUGUGUUUUAGAAUGCAAUAAUGAAAUGGAUCUUUGCUUAAUACUCUGCUUAAAGAGCAUUGUGCUAAUCCUUCCCAACUUGUCCUUCAGUCUGGGACAUGGAAUACCUGACUCAGUCACAAAACUCACCUGCUAACCUGGGGCCUAUUACUUUCAGUCUAAUGUACCUAACAGGCCCUGAAAGAUAAUGGGAAGAAUGGAAUAAAAGACAAAUGAUUCCAGCACCAAACAUCAGUCAGUUUGAAAAUAAGUUAUUUAAUUUGUGCCUUUUUCACUUUAUUUGCAAGCCUCAGAUUUUUAGUGAGCAUGAAUUUUGUUCCUGUCCCCCACGGUAAAUAAAUUUGUUUUUAAUUGAUUACUUGAAUCACUGCGCACCUUAUAUAGCAUUUGAUGUUUAUUUGACAUGUAUAUAAGCAUAAAAAUAUUGUAUCGUUAUGUUGAAUUUAAGCCUCUCUAGAGUUUCCUGCUUAUAGCAAUAUGAAUGUACUUUACAUAUCUUUUUGCCUAGCAUACUAAGUAGUUGCAUUGUUGUGUUCUGUGUUCUUUAUUCAAUAAUCGGUUAUAUUUUGAA